UGGUUUGGGGAAAAAAACUCCACAUUACCAAGGCAGCCGCCUAUAUAUAUAAUCAAAAUAUGUUAGUUAAGUUAUAUAUUUCUCCAAUAGCUUCAUGCAUUUUUCCCAACAUGUAUAAAACUGGAAGAGCUCUCAUGGCUUCCAUAUUGCUACUACUUGUAGUCUUGAUGCCAGCCCUGCAAAUAACAGGUGCACAAUCUGUUGGUGUUUGUUAUGGACGAAACGGCAACAAUUUACCAGCUGAAGGAGAAGUGGUCGACUUGUACAAAAGCAAUGGCAUUGGACGGAUGAGGAUCUAUGAACCAAAUGAAGCAACCUUGCAAGCCCUUAGGGGUUCCAACAUAGAACUCACAGUCACCAUCCUCAACAGCGAGCUUCCAGCCCUCAAUGAUGCAGCUGCUGCAACUGCCUGGGUCCAGAAGAACGUACAACCCUAUUCAGCUGAUGUUCGAUUCAAAUACAUCGCUGUUGGAAACGAAAUACACCGCGAUUCUGCAGAGGUUCGGUCUCUCCUGCCUGCCAUCCAAAACAUCCACAGUGCAAUUGUAGCAGCCAAUCUGCAAGGCCAAAUCAAAGUCUCUACAGCAAUUGACACAACUCUUGUGGUCAAUCCCUUCCCUCCCUCCGAUGGAGUAUAUGACGCUGCAAAUCAAUUCAUACAACCAGUCAUCGACUUCCUCGUCAGCAGUGGGGCCCCACUCCUUGUGAAUGUGUACCCUUACAUCAGCUACACUGAAAACCCUAGCAUAGACCUUGCCUAUGCCUUAUUCACUUCGCAAGGGGUUGUAGUGCCGGAUGGGACUCGAUACCCUAGCCUCUUUGACGCUCUUCUGGACGCUCAGUACGCAGCUCUUGAAAAAGCUGGUGCACCAAGUAUGGAGAUAGUCGUAUCGGAGAGCGGUUGGCCUUCUGAAGGUGGUGAUCAAGCAACCCCUCAGAACGCAGCCACAUUCUACCAGAAUUUGAUCAACCAUGUGACGAGUACUACUGGGACUCCAAAGAGGCCUGGUAAAGCUAUAGAGACUUAUCUUUUUGCAAUGUUUGAUGAAAAUCUCAAGGACGGUAAACCAGUUGAGAAACACUUUGGAGUUUUCUCCCCUAACAAACAACCCAAGUACCAACUCACAUUUGGAUAGGAGUCACAGAAUCAUGUCUCUGAGUAUGUAAGUUUGAGUUGAAUAAGGGUGCCUUGUGCCCAGUUAUCUCACCCCAUAUAUAUGCGAUACAAUAAAAAGAAUACACAUGGUUAUCAUGAA